AUGGACACGGCGCCGGCUGAAGGACCAGACCCCUUCAGCCGGGCAUUACCUCUCCCCUUCCGGCUGGAGUUCGAACUGAUCCUGGGAUUCUGGCUAUGGGCGCUGAAUCUGCACGGAUUCCACCUCCUCAACAUCGACAUCUUCUCCCUUAUACGAUACCCGGUGCGCCCAGCCGACGAUGAGCCACCAUUACACGUCUCAACAUACCGCCUUGCGGCCGUUCUCACGGGGAUGUGGAUGACGGCUAUGGUCCUCUUCUGGAACUUCACACGAGGCGAUUCUGACCUGGUGGUUGCCUACGAUUGGAUCCCGAACAUCCUCUUCCUGGCUAUUCUGGCAGUCCUCAUACUACCUCGCUACGGGUUCGCGCGAGGAGUCUUCGGCUCGACCAACUCUCAUGGCGUCCACCGCCUCUUUCAAGGGCUGAAGCGUUGUGUGGUGGGCGGAAUUGCCAAACCCAAGCCAGAGAAAUUUGGCGACGUGUUGCUUGCGGAUGCUAUGACUUCGUAUUCAAAACCAAUCUCAGAGAUUUUCGUCACAUUUUGCAUGUUCUUCAAGGGCUUGCACACCACCAACAAACCGGACCGCCUUUGUGGACACGAACUCAUAGUCCCAGUGGCCAUUGCUUGGCCUUUUAUGAUUCGACUGCGGCAGUGCGUCAAGGAAGGCCAGUGGGCAAACGCAUUGAAGUAUGCUACAGCAUUUCCAGUCAUCAUACUCAGUUCCAUGGCAAGGAAUGACACUGGUCUGCAAUUCUUUUGGCGGCUAGCGGCAGUUACAAAUUCGCUUUAUUCUUUCUGGUGGGACGUGUCCAUGGAUUGGGACUUGACAUUGCUAUCCAAAUCUCGACAUGCAAAGCCCUUUGGCCUACGCCAGCACCGGGUCUUCAAGCUGCCGAUGCUCUACUACACCGUCGUCGCGUCCGACAUUGUCCUGCGAUUUGCUUGGUCAUUCAAGCUCUCGCUACAUCUCGUUUACCUGGACGGCAUAGAAGGCGGCGUGUUCCUACUCGAGAUCAUGGAGCUUUUGCGGCGGUUUGUUUGGGUGUAUUUCCGUGUCGAGACCGAGUUCGUCAGGAGCAUAUCGAGCGGUACUAGUAUUGAUCUAUAA